AUGGCUGACCCGGCGGUCCGGCCUGGUGGCUCCAGAACGAGAGCAGGAAAUAAACAGUCCACUAACCCUGCUGAUAACUACCACCUGGCCCACAGGAGGACCCUGCAAGUGGUUGUGAGCUCUUUGCUGACAGAGGCGGGAUUUGAGAGCGCGGAGAAAGCGUCUGUGGAGACGUUGACAGAGAUGUUACAGAGCUACCUCUCAGAAAUAGGGAGAAGCGCCAAGUCAUACUGCGAGCACACAGCCAGGACCCAGCCCACACUUUCAGACAUCGUGGUCACACUGGUUGAAAUGGGGUUCAAUGUUGGCAUUCUACCUGCUUAUGCAAAACGGUCUCAGAGGAUGGUCAUCACUGCACCUCCGGUGACCAAUCAGCCAGUGACACCCAAGGCCCUCACUGCAGGGCAGAACCGACCCCACCCGCCACACAUCCCCAGCCAUUUUCCUGAAUUUCCGGAUCCCCACACGUACAUCAAAACACCGACGUACCGCGAGCCAGUGUCUGACUACCAGGUCCUCCGAGAGAAGGCCGCAUCUCAGAGGCGGGACGUGGAGCGAGCACUCACCCGCUUCUUGGCCAAGACAGGCGAGACCCAGAGUCUCUUCAAGGAUGAUGUCAGCACUUUUCCCUUGAUUGCAGCCAGAUCUUUCACCAUCCCCUACCUCACGGCCUUGCUUCCCUCUGAGCUGGAGAUACAGCAGAUGGAAGAGAUGGACUCCUUGGAGCAGGACGAGCAAACAGAUACAGAGAACAUCGCGCUUCAUAUCAGCUCGGACGAAUCCGGAGCUGAGAAGGAGAAUACUUCUGUCCUGCAGCAGAACUCCUCCUUGUCCGGCAGCCGGAACGGGGAGGAGAACAUCAUCGAUAACCCCUAUCUGCGGCCCGUGAAGAGGCCCAAGAUCUGGAGGAAGAAGUCCCUCUCGUGA